AUACACAUCUUUUAUUGUAUUUAAAUUUAUACAUAAUUUUUCAUCACCUAAGUUGAAAGUAAAAUGGUAUUUAAAACAAAAUCUUGUGUGUAUUAGUGGCCAUUUAAUUACAACCAUGGCUAAGAUUCUAAAUAUAUCGAAAAUUUUUAUCUUCGUUGUGUUAUACCAUUACAGCGAUUCUUAUAAUAUUUUAGUUGUCACACCAUUGCCUGUUAUUAGUCACUCUAUUUUAGGUAAUGCUUUUGUUAAAUUACUGCUAAAUGCGAGACAUAAGAUAACGCACAUAACUGGAAUUCCUUACAACAUAUCUCACCCGAACCUACGUCGUUUAGAAGUCGAUUAUUACCUUGAAAGUUUACCAAAUGUAGAUAAUUCUCAAGCCUAUGGCCGUAUUAUACGGGAGCUGUUUAUUUCAUCACUUCGUCAAAAUAAUGUAAAUAUGUUAUUAAGGGAUACGAAGCAAAGAUUUGAUGUAGUCAUAGCUGAAUGGAUGUUUAACGAUUUAUACGCAGGAUUAUCAGCGCUAUACGACUGUCCCUUGCUUUGGUUCUCCGCGACAGAAUCUCAUUGGAUGAUGCUCCGUUUACUUGAAGAUACAAUUAAUGUACAAGAUGCAAACAAUAAAGACAUCCCCCCAUUUAUAACUAGCUAUAUUAUCCAAGAUAUGUAUUUAUACAACUUGGAAAAAGAAGCAUAUGAAAAUAUUUUUGGUCCAUUAAUGGACUUAAGAGGUAAAAGUUUACUAAGGUUUGAAGAGUCAAAAUAUUUUGGUGGACACAUAUUAGUUUAUCUAAAUCUCUUACCAGACGAGGCGAAGAAGUGGCCUCGAAAAUUUAAACCUAUCGCUGGAUAUCAUGUUGAUCGUGAAGUAGAAGCUUUACCAAAGGAUUUGAAAAGCAUAAUGGGCAAUGCUAAGCACGGUGUGAUUUACUUCAGUAUGGGAUCAAAUUUGAAUAGCCAAUAUGUAUUAGAUAGAUACAACGAAAUACUGAUGGAAGUGUUCAGUAAUUUAAGACAAGUUGUACUUUGGAAGCAUGAUAUAAAGUUUUCUCAGUUACCGAGUAAUGUUCACAUUUUGAGAUGGGCACCACAACAGAGUAUUUUAGCUCAUCCAAACUGCAUUCUAUUUAUGACGCAAGGUGGUGCACUUUCGUCAAUUGAGGCGUUACAUUUCGGAGUAGCAGUACUUGGAAUACCGAUAAUCGCAGAUCAAUUUACAAACAUUCUAAGAGCUGUUGAUCAAGGAUAUGCUAAACAAGUAGAUCUAUCGUAUUCAACUGAGGAAGAUAUAAAGGAAACUAUUGAGGAAAUGAUCAGGAAUCCGAGGUUUCGCAAUAAAGCAAAAGAAUUAUCAAGAAAAUAUCACAAUCAGUCAUCACCUGAUACAGAGUUAGUACGAUUUGUGAAGAAAGUGAUUCGUGCUGGAGUUACUAAAUAUCAUACAGCUGCUGAAACUAUAUCUUCAAGAAGGUUAUUUAUAAAUAUAGGAUUAUGGGGAAUGGUCUUGCUAAUAUCACUUCGAUUUGUGAUCAAAAAUUCUAUAUUCAGAAAGUCCAAGGAUUUGAAUGCUUAACCUAGUAUUGUUCUCGUCGAGUUUUUUUUUU